AUGUCACUACCAAAGACAUUCGCACUCCGUACUGCCGAUGGCAAGACUAUCCAGAUCCCUACCGUUGGCUACGGGACCUGGGCCUCAGGCGAGAACAGCUGGGCCAAGGAUGCCGUUCUCGAAGCAGUGAAAGCUGGGUACAGACAUCUGGAUUGUGCAUGGAUGUAUGGCGUCGAUGAGUCGAUUGGUGAAGCGAUCAAGGAGUCUGGUGUGCCACGAGAGGAGAUAUUUGUGACGAGCAAAUUCUGGCCCCACUUCGGCCACCCUGACAAUGUCGAGCUCUGCCUCGAUAAGAUCCUCAAGAACAUGCAAUUAGACUACAUCGAUCUCUUCCUUGCACACUGGCCAUGUGUCUGGAAACCCGCCUCGCGAGAAGCUCUGGAGAAAGCCACAUCCUCCCACGAUGCUACGCCAACGACUCGUGGCCUUUUGGAGACGGACGAGGGCAAACCCGCCAUCGAUUGGGAGCACUGCACGACCAACAUUGCAGCCCAGAAAGGCCAGAAAGGCUCUUUCGUACCCACAUGGGAAGCUCUCCAGGCUUGUGUAACAAAGGGUAAGGCGAAGGCAGUAGGUGUGAGUAACUUCAGCAUCACCGACCUAGAGGAAAUCUUGCCGCAUGAGAAUGGGAUUCCCGUGUCUUGUAAUCAGAUCGAAGUCCACCCCUGGCUACCGCAGACGCCUCUAGUCGAGUUUGGGAAGAAACACGGCAUUAUCACGACUUGCUACUCGCCUUUCGCGGGCCAGAAAGCAGACGGUGCCACUCUGCUCAAGGACACCAAGGUUCUAGAGCUGGCAAAGAAGAACAGUAUGGACGUUGGCCAGUUGCUGGGAAGCUGGGCUGUACAGCGUGGGACCAUACCCUUGGGCAAGUCGGCUACUCCUUCGAGGAUCAAGUCGAAUCUUGACGUGAAGAAGCUCAGUGAGGAGGACAUGCAAACGCUUGACAGUAUGACGUUAGCGGGAGAAGAAGGUAGAACUGUGGAUUUCAAUGAAGCUUGGGACGUGCCAUUGUUCAAGGGCUGA